GGACGGCGUCCACCAGCCCGGAGCGUGGCGGGACGAGCCCCGACGGCUUCCCCGUGCCACCCGUCCGGAGAGCCCCGCAGUGCGUACAACCAUGCGUUGAGCCCUGCCAAGGUGAGUGGAUGCCAAACCUGAAUUACCAGCCCAGAGAGUGGCUGUGGAUCCCGGGAGCUCCUGUGAUUUGCGGCAGGUUUUUCAGGUCCCCGCCUGUCACACACACACGCAGAUACUUAAGCAGUCACCCAAGGACCUGCGGGGUUCUUCUUUUACACACUUCUGGUCCCUGCCAGCUCCAGUGCCUGGCCCCAUAGCCCUACCCCAAGAGGAGAUGGCCACGGAGAAGCCAGUGACUCCCACUGAGGAGCAGCUGGAGAUCCUGGAGUACAACUUCUGCAAGGUGAACAAGCAUCCUGACCCCACCACGCUGUGCCUCAUCGCAGCCGAGACCGGGCUCUCCGAGGAGCAGACCCUGAAAUGGUUCAAGCAGCGCCUGGCAGAGUGGAGGAAAUCUGAAGGGCUGCCCUCAGAAAGCGGGUCUGUCAGGGACUAGAGGAUGCUGCUCCGAUCCCCAUGCCUGCUGUAAAUGAUGGUGAAGCUCUUCAGAGUGGGUUUCCUUGAGGUUCUUCUGUUGCAAUAGGUUUUGAGAUACAAAGUAAUACCCUGCUAUUUAACAUAAGUUUUAUUUAAAGUGUACAUAACCAGGAAAAAAAUGCUAUAUAUAUAUGCUUAUACAGCUUCUGGUGGCUGCAUAGCCUGUCUAGCGAUUCCCAUCCAUUUUAACAGCAGCUGCACAGGGCAAGGCAAUCUCAUGCCCUUGUCCCAGGCUUGCAGAAAAGCUGCCAUGAAAGGUUCAAACACAGAAGGGGGGGAGAAAGACUUGUUUUCCUUAUGAUCCCCAGAGGCAAAGUAUGUGAGCUAGCUUCAAUAUACAGAUCAUCCAGAGAGGAGGGAACCUGGAAAACCAGUUGUGUUGUUCAGGUGAUCCUGGUUAGCUCAAGAUGCCCGAGUCAGCUAUGGAUAUUGGCAGACCAAGUGCCUACACCAUAAUCAGACCAAGCCAAGCCCCUCCGAAUGUAUUUCUCACAUUUCUGUUAAAGGUCACCAGAGGGAAAGAACUGGUCUUUUUUUUUUCUCCCAAGGCAUAAAUAAAAAAACAAUUUUUUUUUUGAUGAAA